AUGUCAGGGCACGAGGGCUCUAUAAAGGAGGCCGACGCGGAGGUGCUUCCGCUCAUCAGCUCCAAAGUGGAUACGCUGCUAAUGCUUUGCGAGACAGAAAAUGAGCUGCGAAACUAUUCUCUAAAGUUCAAGUUGGAACAGGCUGUGGACAAGGCGGCUUUUCAAGCAAAGAGGGAGGAAGGUGAAGAGAUGAUUCACUUCCAGCGUAUCUUACAGCGGAUGGCUGACCUCGCUUUGAACGUUGCACCCCAUAUACUGCAGCGCACGAGGAAGCACCUCAAGAAUAAAUAUGCCUCUGAGAAAAGUGGUGGUUCCAGCGAGGCAGCAAACAACAGCGCAGGUCAUACGGAUGUGGAUAAUCUUCAACGGAACAGCAGUGUGGAAGAGUUCAGCGACGGCUCAGAGGCAUGGCUAGAGACGGGCGCAAGGAUUUCCUAUACCGCUGUGGAGCUCCUUUGUCUCAUUUUGGUAUCUCAUCCGCGACUGGUCAAGGCACUACAGGCGUACCUGUUUGAGUGCGAAGUUUUGACUUAUAUCACGGAUGCAUUGAGCAUUUCGCGAGAGCAUGAAAUCGCAUUUUUUCAAGAGGGAUACAGAACAGAGCAUAUUCGGCUAAUAGCAAAUUUGACGCAUGAUAAUGAAAAGGUGUGCUCUUCCGUUGUGGGCAAUUCUGCACUCCUCUCUGCUAUUCUGACGGGGACGCGGUUCGACGAGGAGAACCCUGGCAUGGUAGAGUGGGCAGAAUUCGCUAUCCGAAACCUUUGCUGCGGUUCAGGUGAGGCGCGUGAGAAAAUACGGUAUCUCACUCCCAUUGGCAUAUCUGAGGAAAGCAAGGAGCUGCUGUCUGGGAAGGUUGACUGCCAGUUGACCCCAGAGGGAAAGGUCGUCAUGGGCAGGCCAGACGCAACCUCAGAUAAGUUAUAA